GAUUGACUCAUAGUCUUCACUACAACGUGAUUACAAGAAAACUGGCAUUUCUAUCAAGGUAAUUGAUUUGCUCUAGCCUUGAUCAAACAUACUUGUUGAUUUUCUCAUAAUUUUGAAUGCCAUUCAUGGCAGAAGCAGUACUUUCUGCUCUAAUGGAAGUCCUCUUCCAAAAGAUAGCUUCCCAAAUUUUCCAAAAAAAUGGACUGUCAGCAAGUACAAAAAAGGAGAUGUUAAAUCUGCAAAGCACAUUAUCAACAAUUCAAGCUGUCCUACAAGAUGCUGAGGAUAGGCAAAUGAAAGAAAAAGCUUUGAAGAACUGGCUGGUGAAGCUCAAAGACAUAGUUUAUGAAGCAGAUGAUUUGUUGGAUGAAUACAUGACUGAAUUGCUUCGUCAUAAGGUAAUUCUUGAUGACCAGGAAACCCGUUAUUGUGUUUUCUAUGCUGUCAGUUCUCUUUAUCUGGAUGGUACAUUACUUUUUCUCGGUUAUCGUAUGAAGUUGAAGCUGAAAGAAGUUGGAGAGAAGUUAGACUUGGUAGCAAAUGAGAGAGCCAAAUUCCAUUUCAGAGAUGUUGUUUGUCAAAAAAGCUUGUCUUGUGAAAGACCACAAUCAGACUCUUAUGUAAUAGAAUCAAAGAUUUUAGGGAGAAAUAAGGAUAAAGAAAACAUAAUCAAGCUACUUAUAGAAUCUGCUGUAUCAGUUGUGAGCAUUGUUGGAAUUGGAGGAAUUGGGAAGACAACAGUUGCGAAAUUGGUUUACAAUGAUGCCGUUGUAGAGAAUAGUUUUGAUACAAGAAUAUGGGUUUGUGUCUCAGAAGGAUUUGAUGUUAAAAGACUUCUUAAAGCAAUCAUAGAAUCUGGCACUGGUAGUAGUUGUAACCUUGUAGAGAUGGAUGCGAUCCAGCGGCGUGUCCAGCAGUUGAUGUUGGGCAAGAAGUGCUUGCUUAUCCUAGAUGAUGUAUGGGAUGAUGAUCAUGAGAAAUACGAGAGAUUAAAGAACUUAGUUCACAAUGGUUUGGAUGGGAGUAAGCUCUUAGUAACUACUCGCAAUGAAAAGGUUGCGCUACUGAUGGGUACAACAAAUCCAUAUCAUUUGGAAGGCCUUUCAGAUGGUGAUUGCUGGUCCUUGUUUCGGGAACUUGCAUAUAAGAAUAGGCAAGAAGAACUAUUAGCUCUUGAAGAGGUUGGGAAAGAAAUUGCAAAGAAAUGUAAGGGAGUUCCUUUAGCGGCAAAGGCCCUUGGAAGUUUAAUGUGCUUGAAGAAUCAGAAAUCUGAGUGGUGCUUCAUCCGAGAUUGUGCAAUGUGGGAUCUUAUGGGACAUGACGAUGGAGCUGGAAUUCUUUCUGCCCUAAGAUUAAGUUAUGAGGACUUGCCAACACAUCUGAAACAAUGUUUUGCAUAUUGUUCCAUAUUUCCUAAGGGCUAUCGGAUAAAUAAAAACACAUUGAUAUGCCUAUGGAUGGCGGAAGGAUUUGUUCCGUCCUCUGAAAGCAUGCCACCAGAAGAACUUGGGAAUGGUUAUUUCAAUGAGUUGUUGUGGCGCUCCUUCUUCCAAAAUGUGAGAAGAGAUUUUGAUGGGAAUAUAGUCGAGUGUGACAUGCAUGAUCUUGUUCAUGAUCUUGCCAAAUCUGUAGGUGGUGUUGAUUGCUUAACAAUAGAAUUUGGCAAGGAAGUUAUCAUUCCUGUGGCCACUCGCCACUUAUCAAUGUUUGGCAAUGAGAUGGUACCCAAAGAACCUGGCAUGUUAAAGAGUGCUCAAAAGCUGCGAUCGUUUCUUCUUUUGGAUGGGCAGAGAAAUGUCACAAAACUUUCCAAGAGUUUCUUUUUGAGUUUUAAAUCUAUUCGGGCUUUAGAUUGCAGCGGUAGUCGCAUAAAGAAGUUGUCUAAUUCAAUCGGUACUUUAUUACAUCUAAGGUACCUCAAUCUUUCAGAUACUCUGCUGAAAACAUUGCCCAAGUCUAUCUGUUGCCUCCUUAAUCUUGAAGCUUUAAUACUUAAGCAUUGCAACCAUCUGAUAGAACUUCCAGCAGAAACUAGAAAGUUGGUGAACCUUAGGCAUCUGGAUAUAUACGGAUGCACAUCCUUAACCAUGUUACCUCGUGGCAUUGGACAAAUGAGAUCCCUUCAAACGUUGCCAGUUUACAUUGUUAACAAUGCUGCUGCUAGUGACGUCUCAGAGUUGCAGAGACUUGAUCUUCAUGGUGAAUUAAUGAUCAAGAACCUCGAGAAUUUGUCCAAUGAGAUAUAUGCCAAAAAUGCGAACUUGAAAGGGAAGAGGCACAUCCGAUCUCUAAAAUUAAUAUGGGAGCAAGUUGAAGAAAUGGAAACAAGAGAAAAUGUUGAGCGAGUUGUUGAGAGCCUUCAACCCAAUUCUGAUUUGAGGAAGUUACACAUAGAGGGGUAUAUUGGUGCAAAUUUCCCCAGUUGGUUGAUGACUACAUACUUGGUACACAUUGUGGAACUCUGGCUUCUCAAAUGUCACAGGUGUGUGGAGCUGCCUCAACUAGGGAAGCUGCCUUUUCUUGAGGUUCUAACUGUUGAUGGGAUGGAUUCUGCAAUGUAUUUCUGCGAUAGUUCUGGUGAAAAGGAUUGGGCUACCAAUUUUGCAUCACUGAAGCAACUGACCGUCAGGAAUAUGCCCAAUCUAUUGGGAUGGUCAGUUAAUGAAGAUCAUAGUAUUCUUCCUUGCCUAAAGAAAUUUAUGUGCGAGGCAUGUCCCUAUUUGAAUAACUUGCCAGAUCUUCCCUGUCUCGACUCAUUAGAAUUGUCCGAUUGUAGCAGUGCAUUACUAGCAGUGACAGCAGCCAAGGUUACCUCCCUCACUCAUCUUAUGAUCAGUGGAUUGGGACUUCUACACUUACCUGAAGGGCUGCUGAAAAACAAUAUAAAUCUGUCGUCUGUAGAAAUUAGAGAUUGUCCAGAGAUUCAGAGUCUUUCGAGUGAGCUGAAAGUUCUUCCUUGUCUCGAGUCAUUAAGCAUCAGUAACUGUAACAAUCUCAGUUCUGUGCUCGAUUCCUCUGGGUUUGGGACGUUGAAGUCCUUGUCCAUUCAUGGUUGCCCUAACAUUAACCUGGAAAAAGGGUUACAAAGUUUACAGUUGCUUCAAUAUGCAUCACUCUCUGAAUGUGAAAACUUGACAAUCUUGCCGAUGACUAUGCAACACCUUACAUCUCUCCAAACUCUGCAUAUAUGGAGCUGUCCUGAGAUGUAUAUGCUUCCAGAAUGGCUAGGAGACCUCAUUUCCCUUAGAGAUUUGGAGCUGUGGUACUGUGGUAAUCUAAGUUCUUUACCAGAAUCGGUGAAAAAGCUAACCAAGCUUCAGUUUCUAUCUAUAUGGGGCUGUCCAAACUUGGGAUUAAGAUGCAGAAAGGAUGUCGGAGAAGAUUGGCACAAAAUAAAACAUGUUCCAUUCAUCAAGAUUAAUGGCCCAUAUAUCCAAGCUAUCCCAGGUUAUCCUUGACUACUGCAGGUUAUCCUUGACUAAGGUGGGGAUUAAUAUUGCUACAACACCCUAUGUAUAGUGAAGCCAACCAAGUAGCUGAUGGACUAGCCAAAUAUGGAAGCAAGCUGAAUGUACCUAAGUUUAUUCUUUUAAAUGUUAUCUAAUUUUGCCUCCUUUUGUAUCUGUAUGUUAUGAAAGGUCAGUUAGUGCACUAAACCUUAAUAUUCUAAUAGUAUGUAGUAUCCCUAUUACCUAGACAAAAGAGGAUCUCUUCUCUUCAUCCAUUAAUAUAUAUUUUGUCCUAUAUCCAAGUAAUUCUCAGCAGUCCUAACCAGA